AUGCGUAAGGCUCGUUUUAAAGAAAGGGAAGAAACAGAGGACAUCGACGAAGACGAAGACGAAGGGGUACCAACUGAGAGAGAGGUGCUAUGCAAUAGUAUGGCGUUUACCGCAAUCACGUGCGUCAUCAUUGGGGAAUUACUGAACGAAAAUAACCUGUGGGCAGUGUUGAUAAUUGGCGGCAGCAUCUCUGCCCUCCACAUUGUGUUGACGAUGGCUGGUCUGCGUGCUCUUGCAAGAUAUAGUGCUAGGAAGAAGUUGCCCACCACGGUUAAUGUGAAUCAAAUACAGGGGUUGCCGAGUGGGGACGUUACUAUUGACGUGAAUGAGAUAGAGGUUGAUGAGGCGGCGCAUCGGAAACAUCGAAAUCGAAGGUACAGGAAGGAAUGGGAUCGGAAACAGGGACACAGGGACGAGAUACCAUGGCAGGAGUGUCACCGGCGAGAGAAGGAAAAGAAAGAAGACCGGAGAAAGCGAAAUACGACGCGGAAAGAACGGUUAGAUAGAAGAGAAAAGAGAGAGCGGCGAUCAAGAAAGAAGAGACGAGCGGAAGAGAAACAAAUGCACACAAUAGUUAAGAAUGGGGGAUACGCGAGGGGCGGGGAGGAUGAAAUUACGCCAAUGGCUGUGCAAAGUGCUUGUAGCGACGUGUUUGGUUGGUGCAAAUUUUGCAGCCAACGUGACCGCAUCUCGCAAUGCGAGAGGUUGGGCCAAUUGCUCUCCUCCCCAACCACAGGCGUUGUCCAGCGGCGUUUCUGCAAUCAAUGGAUCCGCGAAAGCCUCGCAGUUGAUCCCCGCCCCGCCCCGCGUUUGAUAUUCUCCCAUGAGACACCUUUUCGUCUAGACCCCUAUCUUUCUCUUCAUCUUCCCAGAAGCGAGCAGAGACCCGACGCCUGGUCAGACUGCAACAGUUUAAGCACGCCUCCUUGUCCCUGGCGCUCUGCAUUCGACUCAACAGACGUGCCCGCAAUGUCGCCUCCUAACCGUCCCCCUCGCCCCACGGCCUUUGUGUCAGCAACCCCUCUUCCAUCAUCGCGACUACGCAUGUGGCUCCCGUCAAUAUGCCCCAGCAUGACCGUCAGCACCGCCAGCCUCUCUGAAGAGAGUUUUGUUCUCCCGCGGCGCGUCUCCCGUUCCGUCGUUUGGUUCCGCCCUGGCGACUUGCGCACUGAAGACCAUGCCGGUCUAGACGCGGCAUGCAGCCACACUGCUGACGCACUGGCCCCGCUGCUAGUACUUACCCCGCGUUCCACAAAUGCAGAUAUUGCCGCUGCUAAGCGCCUGGGCGCUCAGCUACAGGCGCGUGGGUCAGUUCUUGUGCUGCGCUUUGCAAAUGACGAGGCUAAGGAAGUGGUACAGUUUUUGAAGGACUAUAAAGCUGAGCGAGUUCAUGUAAGAAUGGAUGCUGAACAUGAGGCCAGACAAGUGGUAAGUCGUGUCGAAAGGUUGGUUGACGGAAUGGCUUCCGUUCAAGUUUGGACCUCAGACUUACGCGAGUGGGAUUACCAGAAUCCUGAAUUUUUCGAAAGUCUGCCCGAUGAGUUUCCUAGCUUUUUGAGAUGGUCGGCAAGGGGGCAGGCGCAAGUAGUGCCAUCGGCUGGGGACUUUCAACCAGAAGUUAUUUUGCCAGGGCCAGGCCUGGAUGACGCCGAUAUGACACUUGAGGAGGUUGCUGAGAAGGUUUUCGAGUCGGCGAGGGGGUUGGACCGCCGAGCACGGUUUGAAAGACGGGUGAAGGACGACUUCAAUUUUGUCAGAGGGCUGGAGAUUGAUCCUGAGCAGGACAAAUACGGUGAGAUUGCAAUUAGAGAGUACUUGCUUCAGGCCGAUGCUUACACGCGUCCAGACCUCGGUCGCACGCUCUCUGAGGUGUUCCGGCAAGGGGCUCUAUCUCCGCGUCGGAUUUACGAAAUCGUGCACAAGCAUGAAAGGGCAAACGGUCGGAUAUGGCGUUUUUUCUACCGAGAGGGUGCGAAGUUGAUUCUCGAUUUUCUCGAGGCGCGAGAGUUCGCGACCUUGAUGGCACGACGCGAUACGGCGCUAAAGAAAACCGUCGAUGGAGACCAUGAGGCCAAGUUUUGGAGAUGGAACGGGUUUUUGGUGCGCUACGUUGAAGAGGGUGUGGCAAACGCCGGGCAGCCGGAUAAACCGCCGCUACUGCUGGUGCAUGGAUUUGGCGCGAGCUCGCAGCACUACGGGCGGAGUAUGCGGAAGUUGAAGGAAAAUUACCACGUGUUUGCAGUUGACAUGAUCGGUUUUGGACGCUCUGAGAAACCACCGAUGCAGUAUACUCAAGAGCUCUGGGAGCAAAUGCUUUGGGAUUUUGUCAAGCAAGUUGUUCAACGGCCUGUCUACGUGGCCGGGAACAGUAUAGGUGGAUACUUUAGCGCGGCGUUCGGAUCAGAUGGAUACGGAGAAGUGUGCGCUGGGGUGUGCCUCAUAAAUUCGUCUGGGCGUCUAGACGAGGACGCAUCGGCGCGAGUUCGUGACGUCCCCGCAUCGACCCGUCGCGGCCCGUUUAAAUACAUCCUGGAGGAGUCUCGGACGGCGCGCUUGCUAGCAGGGGAGGCACUGCUACGCAGUUUGCGUGGGCGCAUCCAAAAGACAUUGCAAGCCGUUUAUCCCACCAACCCCGCGGCCGCGGACGAGCAGCUGGCGUACAACAUCCGGCGGGACUCGCUCGACUACGGGGCGGUGGAGGUGCUCGCGAGCGGGGUGAUCCUGCCUCCGCCGCGUUCGCUGACGGAGCUGCUGCAAGAGUACGACGGGCCGCUGCUGGUGUUCCAGGGGGUGCUGGACCCGCUGAACGACGCGCGGGGAAGGGCCGACAAGAUCGAGGCGCAGUACCCGCGGGCGACGGUUGUGCGAGUGAAUAGCGGACACUGCCCUCAUGAGGAGGAUGCCGAAGCGUUUGUGGAGGCGAUCAGUCGGUGGAUGGACGUGAGCAACGGGCACCAGACCGCGGGGGACGGCGAGUCUGCCUCGCGGCGCGCGGAGGUGGCAGCUAGCGCGGGCAGCUAG